UCUCGGUCCAUUCCCUAAAUUUUUACAUUAGCAUUGCACAAUAGAGUCACAGGUUGGUCUUGUUUCUUGAGUUUAUCAGGUCCGUCGGACCCGACCCUUGGAUUACCAAUCCGCGUCGCUCUUGGAGGGAGUGGACCAAUCAGAGAGCACCUUGGAUAAAUAUUCAUGAUUCCCUGAUUCAAACCUUUGAGCGAGUUUGUGUGGAUCCACAGCAUCGUACCUAGACUUUUCACAGAGACAAACUACAUUUUCUUAUGAAUGGAAAGUGAAAAAAUCAGUUGAGCUUAAAUUGGGAUCCAUCCUUCACUCAGAUCAUAGAAGAAAACAAAAAAGCAGGGAGAGAGAGAGAGAGCGAGAGACAUGACCAUGUCUACAAUACCAGAGAGUCUUAACAGCCCAGUCUCAGGAAAGAGCGUGUUCAUGGAAUUUGGGCCACCAAGUCAGCAAAUGUCGCCUUCAUCUAUGAGCCACGGACAUUAUUCAAUGCACUGUUUACACUCCUCCGGACACCCGCAGCACGACAGCGCGUACAGCCCGGCUCCGUCCUUCCCCAGAUCUCUGCCUUAUCCAUACGUCAACUCGGUCGGUAGCCAUUCCUCCAGUCCGUACCUCAGCGCCGUGCAGACUUACCCAAACAACUCGGCUCUGGCGCAGACCAGACUGGAGGACCCAGCCCCGGAGUCAGAGAAAAACACCGUGGUGGAAGGAGGAGAGGUUCGUUUCAACGGGAAAGGCAAAAAGAUCCGCAAACCCCGGACCAUCUACUCCAGCCUCCAGUUGCAGGCUCUAAACAGGAGGUUCCAGCAAACUCAGUAUCUGGCUCUGCCGGAGAGAGCCGAGCUCGCCGCGUCCCUGGGGCUCACGCAAACACAGGUGAAGAUCUGGUUUCAGAAUAAACGCUCCAAGUUUAAGAAAUUGAUGAAGCAAGGCGGAGGAACAAUAGACACGAACGCUUUGGCAAACGGGCGCGGACUGUCCACCGGAUCUCCAUCCGUAGCGCCCGUCUGGAACUCAACAGCCAGCGUCAAAACAUCCACACCGACCUCGUAUAUUCCCAGUUACACCUCAUGGUAUCCCACAGCACACCAGGACACUAUGCAGCAGCCGCAGCUCAUGUGAACCAGCACUGCUGACACAACCCCGCCCCUCUAUCCAGCAGUGGCCCAGUUCAGGGGACCCAGCACAGGCCAGUCACUCUGCGGCCUUACACACACACUGGCCCUCCGCAGCCCAGACCAGAUGCGACCCAGAGACGCUCUCUAAAAGACACCUGCUGACACACUGGCCAGCGUGGACUGAGCGAGGGUCGUCUGCACCGGAGAGGAAACGCAUCUCUUUUUGAAUUGAAGGGAAUGCCGGGAAAGUGUGUCAAAUCAAAGCUACUGCUCUCCCCCUUUCCGUGACUUUUUUGAUGUGUAAAAAAAAAAAAAAAAAAAAAAAAAUUCAUGACAAUGUACCUAGUCAGAAAUGUAUUUCAUUUUCUUCAAAUUUGUAAUUUUCCGUCAGAAAAUUGGAAUUACCGGUUUGUCCAUCUCCAACAAAGUGCUGGUCUGUGAGUGCAUGAGAGCGACAUGAACAUCACACAGAAAUGCGCUUUUUCCAAAAGCUCAUACAGUCGCUUCAGGCUUCGCCGUGGCGCGGUGAAUGUGUAAAAACUGGAAAAAUAACACCGUGAGCAAGUAUGAACGUCUCAAGAUUCUCCCCAUUUUAAAGGGUACAAAGAAACCUUUAAACAAAGUUAUUUUGUAUGUACGGCGUUUUGUGUUUAUUUAAAUAUAACUUAUUUAGAAAUGUUUUUUGUUUGUUUGUUUGUUUUUUAUCUGUUUGUAUGUUUUAUUUAAAAUAAAUGUUCUUUAAAUUAUGAUGUGAGGCUGCAUUAUAAAAUAGAAACACUUCCCUCGGAUUUGAACCCAGUUUGUAAAGCCGAAUGUUUUUUUGGAUGCCACAAAGAGGAGCGGAGUGCAGAUAAACGCGUCUAUCGUCACCGUUAGAUGGGAAGUGUUGACAGCUCUAAUGUACAGAAAUAGUCGUUUUCGUUGUGUGCUGAAUAAUUUGUGCAAAAGGAUCUAAACAUGAUUGUGUUGAUUAAAAUUCAUGUGUCUUUCCGUUUCACAUUGAGAAAUAGCUACCGGUCACAUUAAUUUAUUGUUUUUGUUUCAUGGAGUCUUGUAUAAUGUGUAAACUCGAAAAGUAAACAUCUGCUUCUGAAAUAAGUUACAAAAUGUCAUCGCAACGUUUAUUGCUUUGCCAAAAUAUGAAUGAAACUCAGGUAACUGAUGACACAACUGAACUUAUGCAAAAAUCAAACUUGCUUUGUGAAUAAAUAGGCCUAUCUCAAUAUUUAGCCAACUUGUUUCAAUAUCCAAAAUGAUUUGUUGUCUAAAGAUACCGCGCUUUUCAAACUAAAUAAAAAAGCAUUUUGAUCAUUAAAAAAAAAAAAAAAAAAAAUCCCGUACAGAUAUUAAAUUAGCAUAAACUAAUUUACAAAAAUCGUCAUAUUUUUCUCACUCAUUUUUUUAACGACACCUCUAGCUU